UUCCAACAUCCUUGGUAUAGCCCCACAGCUAAACAGCCAUGGUGAUCACGAGUAAGUCCAGACAUUGUAUCCAACCGAAGCAUCCAAGAACUUGCUUUGUUGUAUGUAGAAUAUUCUAUUGCCUAAAAUUAGGUAUUGGUUUUUCUAGUAAAGAACUUGCAUUGGUUUUUGACGUUAAGAAAACUAUUGGAUUCGUAACAAUAGUUAUUUUUAGAAAGAGGUUAGAGCAAGAAAAUGGCAAAAAAUAUAUAUUGGAAAUUUUUGUAUUGAAUCGAGGCAACCGCCGCGGUCAUACUUUUCAUCUCACCAUGUCGUCUGGCGGCAAAAAUGGAAUUGUUUCCUUUCUUUUUUUCCUUCUUUUCUUCUCUCCGCCGCCCUCCGCUGCUCAACUCACUGACUCGAACAUAGGGCAUGAGUCUUAUGCCCGUUUUACCCCUACCAUGGCUAUGAUCAUCGCCGGUUUGGUUGUUGCUUUGUUUUUUAUGGGUUUUUUCUCGAUUUAUUUACGGAACUGCUCUAGAUCUGGCGGGAAUGGAAGCAGCGUCCGCCCUGUCAACGUCGGAGCCUGGCGUGGCCGUCGCGAUGAGAUGCGUGGGCUUGAAGCAUCUGUGAUCGAGACUUUCCCCACCAUGGUUUACUCCGAAGUGAAAGUUCAUAACAUCGGGAAAGGAGCUUUGGAGUGCGCGGUUUGUUUGAACGAGUUCGAAGAUGACGAAACGCUGCGUUUAAUUCCCAAAUGCGACCACGUUUUCCACGCUGAAUGUAUCGAUCCUUGGUUGGCUUCUCAUGUUACAUGCCCCGUUUGUAGAGCUAAUCUCGCUACUCAACUUGGUGAUCCUGUGAGUCAACUCAUUGAGUUAGAUAAUACAGUUAUUGAGUUAAACUUUGAGGCUCAAAAUAACGAUAAUAAUUUAGAAAUAAGAGAAUCUGGUGAUCCUGUGAGCCAACCCAUUGAGUUAGAUAAUACAGUCAUCGAGUUAGACCUCGAGGCUCAAAAUAACGACAAUAAUUUAGAAAUAAGAGAAGAAAGAGGGGAAAAUCAAAAUAUCAAUACUAUUACUUCUGACGUGGAGGCUCAAGUCUCCUUAGAGGUUGAAAUAAUUAACAUGAACCAAAUUUUAAAUAUGAAUUACACACGUAAACCCUUUUUUUCACGAUCGUACUCGACCGGACACUCUUUAAUCCAACCAGGUGAAAACAUAGAUCGAUUUACAUUGCAAUUACCGAUUGAUGUUCGAAAACAAUUAUUAAAUCGAGGAAAGAGUUUAGUGUUGCCUAAAGAAAGAAGUUCACUUACUAGAGAAAACAAUGAUGGAAGUAGUAGAUGA